AUGGCUUCUAUGCCUUCCGCGACUCGUCCUGAGGACGAUAAAUCUACUACCACCACGCCUUCACCAGCUGACGGACAAACUGUAAACUUACAGGUUUUGUCACCGUCUGUUGGCGUGACCCGACCACUGCUGUUUCCCAGUCUUGCUGCCAAUACUACAGUCAAACAGCUCAAGGACAAGAUUCGACAGACCCUCCCCUUGCGCCCAGCCGAUGAGAACCAGCGCUUGAUUCACCGCGGACGCGCCAUCGUUCGCGAGUCUGACACCUUGCUUGACAUAUUUGGCGCAGAUGUGAUUCGCAACCCCGAGCAACAGACAAUCCAUCUUGUUAUUCGCGAUGUGCAAGACAGCCAAUCCUCAGCCGCACCCGCACCUUCUGCGCCUUCAUCACUUCCUGCUCCCGCCUCAGCACCAUCGUCAGGUCCCAGCCCGACCGCUCCUGCCCCGCCAACGAAUCCUCUGCGAGCACAACCUCAACACCAUCAAGCUCAUGUCCCAGGAUAUCAGAUACCUUGGCGAAAUUCGAUGCCCCCGACUUCCAACCCUUUCCCUCAGCCACGCAUGCCGUCACCCUCUCCAUCUCAUACCCCUGAGCAAGCUGCGGCCUUCCAGCAUCACCAUCAGAACAUGACACAGUGGCUGAACAACCUUCAGCGAGAAGCUAUGAACAGGGCUAUUAACAAUAAUCAACGCACAAGAGCUCAAAUGGGAAUGCGCGGUGUUGGGGAUAACGGCCCAGGAACUGUUCCAGUAGGGGACGGUAGCGGUCGAGCAAGCCCUGCCCCAGUCCCAGGCCAAACCAUAUAUCGCGAGCAUGUUGGACCAAACGGGCACACGUACCAGGUCGAGACUGUCAUACGAACUGGAGGAAGUGGGCAACAGGGGAGCAGUGGUGCCGCGGCCUCUAUGUCACCAGUCGAUGUACAUAACAUCAUUCGGAGUGCUGAUAUUAACCAAUCUGCGUCAGCAGUGGCUAGUGCAAUGCAGCGGAGUGCUUCUAGCACUUCUUUACAUAACCGUCCUUUGGCACAACCCGGAGCACCGGCACCUGUUUACCCACAUGGGUAUUCUAUCAUGUCUAGCAGACGGGGGACCCCCGAGCCCGCUUCUGCUCGACUUGCUCCCACUGCAGCUUCUCGAAGUUCUCAACCAAGGCAGGGGCCUGAGGUGUACAUUCUCUCAUCACCCGAAGGCCCUCGAGCUUUGUUGUUCAAUAAUACUAGUUCUGAGGCGUAUUAUACCCCACGGCUUCGAACUCAAACAAGUCUCCAGCAACUCCAGCAAUUCCAACAAAUUCAGCAACUCCAGCAACUGCGUCAAACCGUGAUCGGUCCAACUCAGGAGACUGGAAUUGACCAAAUGCAACAGAGACAUCACCACCACCACCAUCAUCAUCAUAAUCCUCGCCCCCCUAUGGCAGCGAAUUACUUCAACCAACUUCAGGCGCAACCGCAGCCUUUGCGUGUCAAUCAACGUCUACAGCCUCUGCCUCAACAGCCUGUGCUCCAGGACCAAGAUCAGCCCCAGCCUCAGCCCCAGCCUCAGGUCCAAGGCCAAGGUCAAGUUCAGAAUCAAGGCCAGGAAGCGGAGCCUGGGGCGUUCAUGGGCCCCUUGAUGCAUCGAGGUAACCCGCCGAUGGCAGCACUUCCGCCACUACUUAUGCAGCUGUGGCCUCAGAUUUGGCUUCUGUUCCGUUUGGCCUUGUUUGUUUGGUUCUUUACUUCUCCUGAUGCGAGCUGGUACCGAUGGUUUACCAUUAUUGUGAUCGCUGUAUUCAUCUUUGUGCUCAGUACUGGCGUUUUUAACGGAGUUCCAGAUCACGUUUGGCGACCUCUGGGACGACACCUAGAGAACUUGAUUCCCCUGGAGCCAAGGCCUCAACAGGGCGUUGCCGUGCCAGAGCAGCGUAACCAGCAGAACCCGCAGCCCAGACCGAACCCUGAUCCUACUGAGAUGGCAAGGCGGCUUGUAGAGCAGCACCAAGGACCAGACAAUUGGAUUCUGUCCCAAGUUAGACGUCUGGAGAGAGCUGGUCUCUUGUUUCUAGCAAGUAUUGCACCAGGCGUUGCAGAAAGGCAUAUUGCCAAUCUGGAAGCAGCAGCGCGAGCUGAAAGGGAGCGCGUAGAAGCUGAAGCGAGAGAAGCCGAGGCAGCAGCAGCAGCCGCGGCGGCUCAGAAUGAUGAAAACAACGAAAACCCGGCUGAGAAUGAAGGUGAAGGGACAACUACAGGUACUGAGACAGAUCAAGCGGAGAGGGCACCGGAGAAUCAUGAAAGAUUACGAGGAGAGCAGGGAGUUCAGGAGGGCAAUCAACAUGGCGAGCACAGGGAACCACUUGUUCACCUGUAG